AGUUUUGACUCAACGCGUCUAUGGCGUUUGCUUUAUUGCCUCUGAGAAUUACUCACUUUGAAUCGGGUAACCAAUUGCGAUCUGUCGUAAACAGUUUCUGUGUCCUACUCUAGCUUUAGGAUGUUAAGAAGAAAAUUGAUUUUAGUUUUCAGUCUCAUGGCCCUUGCUUUGUCUCUCUGUCCUGAUGCCUGUAUGGCUAGAGCCAAGUACAAGCCUUGCCCCACUUUUUCUUCUUGCGGCAACCUUAGUAUUAUGUACCCUUUCCGAUUGAAUACCGAUCCUGUUGGGUGUGGUUUACCAGAGUAUGAACUAGUAUGCGAGAAUAAUCGCACAACUUUGGUCAUGGAACAGUGGAAAUUCUUUGUUGAGAGUAUCAUAGAACAGAAAUCUGCUCCUCUUUACUUCGUCGAGAACGGGACAAAGUAUACACUCCGAUUGGUCGAUGCUACUCUUCGGAGGGAUAAGUGCUCCAUUCCUCGCAGUUCCCUUGUUUGUGGCUCAUGUAGGGAUUUUGGGCGUUACACUGAGUAUUCUGAUUCUGCGGAUUACACCAUGUAUAUUCUAAAUUGCAAUAUACCAAUUAACUCAUCACUUUAUGUUGAUGCCUCAGCUUGCACCAAUAGAUCUUCCUCUCCAUAUACCUACUUUUUUCUCUUCCAUGAUUCCCAAACAAAGGUAUCUGAUUUCAAUGAGUCGUGCAGAAUUGAAGCCCUGUUUCCGUUUUCGCUGUCUAAUAUCACAGGCUUCUCUGCUUCUGAUAUCUAUCACAAGCUGCUAGAGGACUAUGAACUCACUUGGUCCGAUUUCUCCUUCCGGGGAGACAAACUUACAUUGAAGAAGAUAUUACAAUCAGUGGAGUAUGCGUUGGAUAAUUUUCUGGACAGCUUUAUAUUUUUCCUUCUGGGCGGCCCCCAUGUAAAGCAUAAUACGAAAUUUCCACCACAUAGAACAUAUAUCAUAUGUCUUCUAACAACAGGAGCACUUAUAUUAGCUAGAGCUCUGCUUGGGAUUUCCAUCUUGCUUGCAAUCAUUGUGUACAAAUUGAGGAGGAGACAUUUGUCUGUGGAUGAUACAAUUGAAGAGUUUCUUCGGAGGCAGAAUAACUUCAUGCCUAUUAGAUACACAUAUUUAGAAAUAAAGAAGAUCACUGGAAGUUUCAAGAAUAAAUUGGGUCAAGGAGGUUAUGGUUCAGUUUUCAAAGGGAAGCUUCGAAGUGGCCAUUUUGUAGCAAUAAAAUUACUGAGCACGUCGAAAGGUAAUGGCCAAGAUUUCAUCAAUGAAGUUGCUACCAUGGGAAGGAUUCAUCAUGCUAAUGUCAUGCAACUGAUUGGAUUUUGUGUUGAAGGAUCUAAGCAAGCCUUAGUAUAUGACUUCAUGCCGAAUGGGUCUUUGGACAAAAUCAUAUUUUCAACCCACAGCAAUACGUCUUUAAGUUGGCAAAAAAUGUUCGAGAUUGCUCUUGGGGUGGCUAGGGGGAUUGAAUACUUGCAUAGGGGAUGUGAAAUGCAGAUUUUACAUUUUGACAUCAAGCCUCACAAUAUCCUUUUGGAUGAUAAUUUUAAUCCAAAAGUUUCUGAUUUUGGCCUUGCAAAACUGUAUCCUAUAGAUGACAGUUUUGUAUCUCUUACAGCAGCAAGAGGAACACCAGGAUAUAUUGCUCCAGAGUUAUUCUAUAAGAAUAUUGGAGGUGUCUCAUACAAGGCUGAUGUUUAUAGUUUUGGAAUGUUGUUGAUGGAAAUGGUAGGAAAGAGAAGGAACUUUAAAGAAUAUGUGAAUCAAUCAAGUGAGGUAUACUUCCAAACAUGGAUUUAUGAUCAAUUUGAUCGAGGUGAGGAUAUAGAUUUGGGAGAUGUUACAAAUGUUGAAAAGAAUAUUGUGAAGAAGAUGGUCAUAGUUGCCUUAUGGUGCAUACAGAUGAAACCUGUCGUUCGCCCUUCAAUGACCAAAGUAUUGGAGAUGCUUGAGAGUGAAAUUGAGCUCCUAAAAAUGCCUCUCAGGCCUUGUUUAUUUCCUUCUGAAUUGCCAACUGCAGAUCAUGCUAGUAUAAGUCUAGCAGCCAUGCCAACAAUGUCUCUUGAUGCAAGGACUUAAUGGUCUCAACCAAAUGUAUUAUUAGGUAAAUUUUACUCUUGGCAAGUGCUACUUAUAUGCCAAUAUCUAGCAUUGUAGACUUAGAAAAUGGCUACUUCAAAACUAUACUUUUUUUUUCCUUUUUUUUUUUUUUUUUGUAAAAUGUAUUGAAGUUUGGCCAUGCUUCCUAACCCUCUGUCAUAGCAGGGUUCAGCAUACCAUUU